CAGAGCUCAGCUGGAGCCUGACAUCUCAGAGUUUCUUUCACUGUAGUUGUUGUGUUCAUGACGGUAAAAGAGGUUGAACUUAACUCUAAUUACAACAUUACAACAUAACCGAAAUAAGAGAACAAAGAGUGUUCCGGGAAACCUCCCAGGGAAUUAUCAGGGAAACAGGUGUCUGCAAAAACACCUGGCUUUGUUACAUAUUUGUUUAUUCGACCUGUCACGUAGUGAUUCUCUGUUUCCCCACAGUCCCUGAAUGCAGCAGUGCUCUCUGCCGCCCCCUGCUGGCCGCCAGGUCACGCGCUCGUGAAUCUCCCGUGUUUCUGUUUCACUGUGAAAACUUUAUCAGAGGCCUAACAAUAACAUCAAUAACAUCAAUAAGAACAAUAAUAAUAAUGAGAACCUCAGCGAAGCGAAGCUCUAAACUCUGUUAAACUUUUAAUCUGAAACUUCCUGUUGAGCGUCAAAGUUUAGCGUCCCGUUUCCAUAGCAACGGCGCAGCUCGACAGCAGAGGACACAGAAAACACAGGUGAUCAUCUCUAACUGUUUUAUCUGCUUAUUAUCUGCGUAUUGGCGACUACAUCACGUGUUUAUGAGCAGUAACUGCUGCGACACAACGCAGGAGGUUUUUAACUGAAACACGUGAAGCAGUUUCACAACUAACUCCGAGUGGAACCGGUUCAGAGCUGCAGCUUUGAGGUUGUAUUUGUUUGGAAAAACUCCCCGUUUACUCAUUUAACCUGUAACUCCCAUCAGAUGGUUCGAAGCCAGCUGUUUUAUCUGUAUAAUGAGAACUGGUUCUAUUAUAGUUGAUCCUGUGAAGCACGUUGUGUUUGUCUGAUGGCUUUAUGUGACAGCUGACACUUUGCUCUGCUGCGACUGGAAACAAGCCGGACUCCGGACUCCGGACUCUGUCCCAGAGGUCCAGGUCCAGGUCCGGGUCCGGUUUCUGCUGCAUCACGUGUGACUUUAGCAGCUGUUCAUUUCACCUUCCUCAUCUCAUUCACGACGGCUUACGUCUCCAUGACAACUGAGCAUUUAAAGACCACGUGACACGGCUGGAAGCUCCAGAGAAAGCCAGAAGCCUUCAUCAUCAGCCUUCAUCAUCAGCCUUCAUCAUCAGCCUUCAUCAUCAGUCACAGAGGAAACAUGUCUUCACCGAGGGUGGGCGUGGUCAGAGACUCCAUGCUGACCAAUCCGCUGCUCAUCAAGGCGUCUCUGGGUCAGACCAGGUCCAGAGGUCUGUCAGGUCCUGGUCCAGAUUUCACUUUUGGAACCAGCAGCGGCUCGCUGGAAGACGGAGGCGUGGCCGAGGUCCUGUCCAGUUGGAGGGUCCAGUCCAGACGCGGAGACUCUGCUCCCCAUCGACCGGUCACUCCGGACUUCGUGUCUCUGAACCGGGACGCGGUGAAGUCCGGUCUGGUGACGUCCAAAGAGCUGAGUCAGUACCGGGCUCAGAGGGGCGGGGCCAGGAGCCAGAACCCCGCCCCCAAACGGCAGGAGGGUGGGGCUUCACGGCGCCCGGUGGUGCCUGACAUCACGUUUGGAGUCACAACCAGGGCGUCGUCCCCGCUGUCAGACCUCCUCGCUCAUCAGUACGCUCGCCGCUGGCUGGACGACCAGCUGAGCGGGAACCAAACCAGCAACCGCCACCAGCUGCAGAGGAUAAAACCAGGUUGUAUUCCAGACACCAGGACCAGCCUGCUGAGGAGGAGCAGAGCUCUGCCCGUCACACAGACGCCAUUCAAACUGCCCCAUUUCACUCAGGUUCCUCCUGCUCUGGACACCUUCAGGGACCAGGAGGCUCGUCUCCGGGCGCUCGGGGCUCAUCAGUCAGACUCUGUGUCCAGGAGAGGAGUUCAGGGUCUUGUACGGUCUGGACUGACCUGAGGGGCAAACAGACCGAACCGCUCUCACAAUAUGUCGACACUCAUGCAAAUAAAACUGAAAAAGCAUCAUUAA